AUGUCCGAAGGUUCAAACUCAGAGAAGCCCAAAGCAGGCGCCGAGUCGCCAACAACAGCACGCGAGCUUGACUUCGACGAUGAUCACCACGACAGCAGUCCUCUCAAGAGCCCUACCCCUAAGCAAGUCAGCUUCGUCGAGGUUGAGGAUGAAGAUGCUCCGCCCAAGCCUGCGCGCCCCUUGAGCCCCAAGUCUGAGAACGAGAAAACGCUCAAGGAGGCCUUUCCCACAAUCGACUCCAAGGUCAUCAGCGCUGUCUUGAUGGCCAGUGGUGGCAAUGUCGAGCCCGCAUUCAACGCUCUGCUGGCCAUGUCCGACCCUAACUUCAAGCCCGAAGAGGCUCCACCACCACGUCCCCCGAGACCUACCCAGGCUCAGCGCCAGCUCGACGCCGACGAACAAUACGCCCGCCAACUCGCCCAACAUUUUCAGUCAGAGUCCCGCUCGCAGCGUGGCAGACGUGACGAUGACGAUCGUGGCCCGCCUCUUCCUAAUCGUCCUAGACAGCAGCGUCCAGGUUAUGGAGAUGAAGACAAAGAAUACAACUUUUUCGAUGAUGACCUUCCUCAGAUCAAGGAGAACGUGCGCAAGGGUUUCUUGGAGACACAAACCAAGGUCAACAAAUGGAUCACCGAUUUCAGAAAGAAGCUGGAUGGAGAUGACAAUGACGACCCAUACGCCGGUCCUACAAGACAGGACAGCCCUCCUCGUAGACAGAAUUUUGGCGCUUCACAAUCCGAGCAGCUCUAUGGCAUUCGCAGAUCGGCCGAUGUAAGCAGAAAGAGCACAGACAAGGAUCGCUACGAUUUGGACAACCGCGUUCUGGACGACGACUUCACAGCCCUCGAGCUACGUGAUGAUGAAGCCCAACCUCGUGCUUCAUCUUCACGCAACCGUCCUCUUUCCAACCCCGACCUUUUCAAGGCCAACGUUCCUCCUCCGCAGUCCGGUCCAGUUGAUGAAGUCGACGCUAUAGAUCGAAAGAACCAGCGCCAGCCAUCCCCUAGUGGUGCUGCUGCCAAGUCAGCCAAGUGGCAGCCUUUGACCUCGAUUGCGCCCAACCCGGAAUCGGAGGAGAACGAUCCUUUCAGUCUCGGUGACAGCGAUGACGAGAAGGAGACAAAGACCAAGGACACCAGAGAGUCUGAUACUGCACGCCUAAAGGAGGCUGCUCGCAAGAGUGUUACCGCCGAGUCAGCUGAAGCUCCUAAAGGCCUUCAAGCUAGCGAGAGGUCUGGAAGCACCAAUGUCAGAGACAAGGAAGCUGAGGCUCUGUUGACUGGCAAGAAGCCCGCAUGA